AGAGCAUGUCUUCUUCAUAGGAGUUUCCUCUCUCUCUCUCUCUCUCUACCUCUUUAACAUAGAAAUAAAAAUUAUAUUAGCAAUUGAAGAUGAUGUUAUCAGCAGCUACACUGCCCACCGUGAAUUGGGUUCCUGCAUUUUUUUCUCAGAAACACUUUUCACCUAAAAUUGUCUCCUUUGCAAAGCAGCAGCAGUCUCUUUCUCGACCGUUCAAUGUCUCAGCACUUAAACCCAGAAGAAAUUUUGACGUCUUUGCUUCCUCAGCUGUAAGUUUUGCCGGAGAAACAUCAACUCAAAAUUCUGUUUCCUCAGCUCCUCUUCAGAAAGAGAAGCUUGGAGUGGUAGUUAAGCCGCUGGAGAAACCUAGGCUAGUGUUGAAGUUUAUUUGGAUGGAGAAGAACAUUGGAAUUGCACUGGACCAAGUAAUUCCUGGUCAUGGUACGAUUCCGUUGAGCCCCUAUUAUUUUUGGCCUAGAAAAGAUGCUUGGGAGGAGCUUAAAAUCAUGCUGGAGAGCAAACCUUGGAUAUCACAGAAGCAGAUAAUUAUUCUUCUUAAUCAGGCUACCGAUAUCAUCAAUUUGUGGCAACAGAGUGGUGGUGAUUUAGCCUAAGCCUUCAUAGAACAAGAUCUACGUAUUGUGCUGCCACUGUAUGUCAUCAUUUUGUUUGCUAACAUGCUUAUUAUGUGGCACAUGUUGUUGUAACUUGUUUCACUCAAAAGGUCAGUCAAACUUAUUCAAUUUGCUUGCUUUAAUUUUCC